CACGGCAAUUAUUCAUCAUGUGAGAGCCUAGAGUUGAAUCGAUGAUUUGUGACAGCUACAUUUUCCGAAGAAAUACGAAAUUUUCUGUUAAAUUAUAUAGAAUAAAACACAGUUGAUAAAUAUUUUGUGGAGUAUUUGUGGUCGUCAACAUGUCGGCCCAAGAACAGAUGCGGAAAAUGCUCGAUGAGCUGAUGGGAACGUCCCGAAAUGGUGAAAAUGCUGGUCGAUUUCGCUUCACCGAUCCAAAGGUUUGCCGCUCAUUCUUGCUGAACUGUUGCCCUCAUGAUAUCCUUGCCAGCACGCGAGCUGAUUUGGGUGCAUGUUCCAAACACCAUGAUCCUGCAUUGAGAGCUGAUUAUGAGCAAGCUGCAAAAACCAAAGAUUAUGGAUAUCACAUUGAUGCAACACAGCACCUGCAGUCUUUCAUAUCUGAUUGUGAUCGACGCACUGAGAACUCUAAGAAACGAUUGUUAGAAACUCAAGAAAGCCUUAGUGCUGAAGUCAACCACAAGGCUGACUGUGUUCAUGAGAUGGCCGAGAACCUGGGUAAGAAGAUUGCUGAAGCCGAGAAGCUCGGAGAGGAAGGAGAUGUGGAGAAGUCUAUGGAGGUCAUGGCCGAGGUCGAGGAGAUCAGGAAGAAAAAGGUUGCAGCAGAGGAGGAACUGAGGAACUCGAUGCCAGCAUCCACCUAUCAGCAGCAGAAGCUACGAGUGUGCGAGGUCUGUGGAGCAUACCUUGGACUGCAGGAUAAUGACCGUCGGUUGGCUGAUCACUUUGGAGGAAAGCUUCAUCUGGGAUUCAUUGAGAUCAGAGAGAAACUCCAGUGGCUACUGAACUAUUCUGAACAGCAGCGGGAAUUGAGACGGAUUGAGAGAGAGCGAGACGACGACGAGGAACCGUCGUCAAAGAGCAGCUCUCGAGACAGGCGGGACCGAGACCGCGAUAGAGAUCGAGAUCGUGACAGAGAUCGAGACCGUGACAGAGAUCGCGAUCGCGACAGAGACCGGGAUCGGGAUAGCUAUCGCAGCAGAGAUAAAGACAGAGACCGGGAUAGAGACAGAGAAAGAGACAGGAGAAGGUCUCGUUCAAGAUCUCGUUCUAGGAGCAGUCGCUACAGACGCAGUCGAUCUAAGGACAGGAGGAGGUCCCGCUCAAGGUCCAGGGACCGUGACAGGAGGAGAAACAGAAGCCGAGACCGUGAUCGCGAUCGCAAGUCACGCAGGUCGAGGUCUCGGGAUCGCGAUCGUCACCGUGAUCGACGACACCGUUCACGAUCCAGGGAGCGAAGUCGCCACUCGCGGUCCCGUUCUCAAGAGCGGGGAGAAACCAAGGAUGAGCGUGUCAAGGAAAGCAAAGGUUCUGAUUACGAGGAAGGUGAGAUGAGACACGAGGAAUACGAAGCACAGAAGGAGAUUCAGAGAAAUCACAUGAGCUCUCCUGAGGAUGGGGAAGAUCGAGAUGAUGAGAAACACAUGGAUUCAGAUGGAAAGGAAGAAGAGGAGGAGCAAGUUCCUGCUUUUUAAGCUGCUUUUUGAUGAUCUUGUGAUCCCAUUUCAAACUGAACAGUCAUUCAUUUUUUCUUUAUCUAUGCCAUCGUUGAAUGUUAAUAUAAUUGUUUCAUAGUCCAAUGAUUUUAAUGCAGGUUUUGUAUCAAUGUGACAUUAAAUAUGGAAUGUAUGUAUACAAGCGUUUGUUGAUGAGAGGAGCCAUAUCAUGACUGGAAUGACCAGGUUUGAAAACUGGAAGUCUUAAAUGGUUUCAACUGAUCACAACUAGUUCCAUUUUGUAUCCUAACUUCAUAUCUAAUAUUCUACAUGAAUCCAAUCAGAAUUGUUCUUUCAUCACAACCCAUCACGAAGCUACUGCACCAUGCGUAGGGAAGACUAUCCCAUUGGAUAAAAUGUAUUGCUAGCCAUGCUUUGUCAUUCCCGAACAAUGAACAUUGUGUUGAGCUCUAUUUACCCCAAUAGUGAAAUGUAUAAAUAAAUAACAAUGAUGAUUAAAAUGCAUCAGAUUUUGAUCUUUAUCUUGAGUAAGAAAGGAUGUUGAUGUUUUGACAUGGAAGCUUUGAUUUUAUUUUCUUAUACAUUUAUUCAUUUACAAGUUCUUGUUAAUUCCUCUUUUGUACUUCGCACAGAUACAUGUAGAUGAUGAUAUUGCUAUAUCGUUGACAUCAUGUUGUGUAGUGUACACAUAUGCAAUUCAAUAUCCAUUUACCCCCAAUGUGACAGUGUAGCUAUAAACAUCUUUGUAAUCUGCUUCAUUUUCUCAUGAAGUUGAUGAAUGGGCAGUUCCACACAAGACACUUGAUCAAACUCACUUCAUGUUUUUGUUAAAAGCAAAUUAUUUUUAAGACUUGAAUAGCCAGACCCCUAGAUUGCAAAAUUCUUGUACAAAAGGAAUUUACACAAUGAUUAUCAGAGUAUCGGGGUAAUGCUUGUCAGAAAUAUAUACAUUUUGUGACAAAAGCUCAAUUUUCUGGUAAUUCCAUUAUCACAGUUCAAAAGUCAAAACAAUAUAUGAAAUGGAAUGAGAAAACUAUCAUUAUGGGUGAAUUUAGCUCAUAGAAAUCACAUAUUUUGUUUUCAUUUAAGUCAUUAAUUUGUUUUAUUUUUAUAUCAAAUACUGUACAUAGAGCUCAUGGCUAAAUCAUUUGCAUGCACAUUGGCUUAUACAUGUAUUUGUAUUUUUGGUUGGUGUUCCAUGAAGCUGUUUGUAAGUUUGAAUGAUUUUAAGAACAUCAGGGCCAUCUUACAAAGAGUUACAAUUGAUCCAAUCAAUCGUAACUCUAUGGAAAUCCAUCAGUGUCAUAAUUUUUUCUACAUGAAAUUUGUAAAAUGUCUUUUGUAAACAGAGGAAAACACAAAAUUGUCAAGAAAUCAAUGACUUACAGGAUAUAAAUUCAUUUCUAAAAAUUUGUUUGAAUAACCAUGCAUUUCAUAUGUUGACUUUGUUGGCUUUCCAUAUUCGCGAUUGAGCGGAUCAAUCGCACAUUUUUGUAAGAUGGGCCCCUGGUGACUCUUAAUGUGCUGAAUCAACGCCAAUUAAAAAUUUGUGUCCAUUUUGCCGCAAGUAAGGGUCACCUAUUUUCUUGUAGAUCCUCAAGACCUUUUAAAGGUUAAUACUCUUGUCUGGUCUGAGAUUAAUAAGAGUAAAUCAUGCUUGAGAAAAAAAUGAAUAUUUAUAAUAAUCACCACACUUAUUUUUUUCAUCUGAUUUUAAUGGAUAUCUAUGCGUUGCUUUUUUUACCCCCUUUUCAAUUCUGAUUUCUGGGGAAAAAACACUUUAAAGUAUAUCAUUGACAUAAUUUUAGAUCACUCACUUGAGUUUGAUUUAUAAUUCUUGGUUAAAUAGAAAAAAAAAUAAUGAGGAGAAUCAAGUUCAAUCCUAAUAUGAAGUUUACCAGAACAGGGAACUACAGAUUCAAGGUUUAAUGUGAUUAUAGAGUAUCUUGCUUGCCAUUCAAGAAAUGAUAUUCUAUCUAUUGUGAUUCCUUUAUUUCAUUUGUAUCAUAUUCUUUUUUACUCCCAUUGUUCCUAUUUUUUUAUAUUGGAUUUCGUUUAAUUACAGUGCUCUCUGUUAAAGAAGGCACAUUUCCAUGUUUAUGCAACUGUUGAUCUUGUACAUAAUACAGUAUUGUGUGACAAUUAUCUUAAAGCACAUCUUUCUCUUUAUUGCAAGAAAUAGCCGGACCUGGGGCCCGUUGCAGAAAGAGUUGCAAUCAAUCGCAACUCUAAAAAUCAUGCGCAACUUGAUUUUCAACCAAUCAACAGCGCGCAUUUUAGACUUGCGAUUGAUUUUUUGGCUUGCGUUUAAACGCAACUCUUUCUGCAACGGGCCACAGUUCAUUUAAAUCCAUUAAGUUACUCUCAUGUAUAAUUCCAAAUCAGCAAGGAAAUUAAUCCAUAGGUAACUACCUGGACCAGUCGUUUAUAGAGUGCUUGUCGCCAAUUCUUUCAAGUAUUUAAUUAUUUCAAUUUUCCAUUGCAACAGUGAAAAUUCUUAAUAAACAGAAAUAAUUUUUCAAUGAAAUGAAAUGAAAAAUAUAAAAGUAAACUGCUAUGAAUGUGACGGUAAAUAAUAUUUUUCAUAAGUAUCGAAUGAAAGAGCUGAAACCUUGUAGUCAAUAAAAAUGGUGACUAAAAUUCUGUUUAAUCAAGAUGUAUAUAAUACUAGUUGAACCAAGUGAAAGUCAUCACAAAAUGUCACAAUGAAUGUACUUUUACUGGUCAUUGCCUCAUAACACAAAGAUUAGCACUUGAUCAGAGUGCUGACUUUUAUGCAUGAUUGCAAUGAACAUUAUGGGCAAUAGGGUAUACCUAUCAAUUGUACAAUCAGUCUCUAAACUUUGUGUUAAGGGCCCCAAAACAUUCUUGCUUUAUUCAAAAAGACAUGAAAUUAGACAAUAAAUUAUUCAAAUUUUGCAUUUGACAAUUGAUACCAUGUAAUUAGAUAUGCUCCAUGUGUGUAUACAUCCAAAUUUCCAAAUAUUCUUUGCUGUUAUUGUCCCGUGUUCUAUGAACAUUGUAUUUUGUCAAUUAUGCUAUUUGACGUUUCAACGUUGAGCAAUAUUUAUUUGUCAAAUUUGAUUCCUAUCAUAGUGAUUGAAAUGUAAUUCAAAAGUACAGUCACAGAACAGAAAUUAAAGAAAAGAAUGCUACAUUUAUCUGAUGAAGUGCUGAGCUUAUGAAAAAAAAAUGUUUAGACAUCUUUUGGGAAAUUCAGUUAAAAUUAUUUUUUGCGCACAAGUUUCAAUUAAUUGUUAAAUGGCAGAUUCAUUAUACAGGCACUUUUGCCCCUUUAAAUGGGAUGUCCAAUCUAUGGUUGCAUUCAUAUAUUGCUCAACUUAUCUGCUAUUAGAAUUUCAUGUUCAGAAAGCAAUUUCAAUUUGUGUUUCUUGGCUCAGAGCUAAUCAUCAUUCCUGGCCCUGAAAUGUUAAAUGAUAAAUAAAUUGUGUGAUCGAUUGUAAAAAAAAAUAAAUCUAUACCGAUCCUUAUUGUGCAGAACGACACUGAAUUAUUAGUAUAUAUGUAUAUCUAUAUUCAUGAUACAUUGCCCAGGUCUCAUAAAUGCAUAAGUCUGUGUAUAUUAGAAUAAUGUCGCCCUCUAUUGUCUAAUAUGAUAUUGACUUUAGAUGGAUUAGAGCAGUGGCAACAAAGUUCAAAUUCUCUGUCUUACAUGUUUUAGAUAAUAUUUGGGACAUAAAUGUACCGUGGGGGGUUUCCCCAGAUUCUGAUUGUUUUGUAAAAUUCAUUGCCUUUUGUUUACAGUUCACUUGGUAUUUCAAAUAAUGAAUGGAAAAGAUGGUAUGUAGGUAAAAUCUUGUGAUAAAGUUGGUUGUUAUAUGAUUAUUUUUCUGAUCCCUUCCCACUGUACAUUUUGUAGAAAGUACACAUUCAUAGUAGAACAAAGUUUCUCUUUUUUGUAAUUAAACACUUGAUGGUGAAAAAAAA